UGUGCGGCGGGACAUGACAAUUAACGUUCAGCACCGUGGUUCCCUGUAUGCCCACGUGACUUUAAUUAUCUAUUUAAGGUUUAACUGACAUUUAAUUGACCAUUUUCAUUUUGACUAAACUGUUGAAUGAUUUGGCUACUUGUGUGCGGGAUUAGCGUCACUUUAUGAUCAUUUGGUUUAAUUUGGUGCGGGAGGAUUUCUUCUAAUUAAACACCUUUUAGUUACAGUAUCACGUUAAAAUAUCGAAGAGUGCAUGACUGAACGUGCAAGUUAGACUUCUGCUGCCCACCAUCUUCCAAGAAUUGGGAAAACGCGGGAAAGGCAGAACACUCCAGCAGGCCUGGUCAGGUCUGCAUCCGGAGUGUGAAUACAUCUUCCAUCUGGAGAAAGAGAAGCGACGGUGUAUGAGGGAGAUAUGGAGGCAUGAGAAUGUCAGCACUGCAGGUUGCCCCCCACUGUGGGACUCCGUCGCAUGUUGGCCGAGCGCCGUGAUUGGCCAGAUCGUCCACACUCCCUGCCCCCUGGUCUUCUCCUAUUUCCACAACAGCACAGGGGCAGUGAGCCGAAACUGCACGGAGGCUGGCUGGUCCGGGCCACACCCUCCUUAUUACAUCGCCUGCAGCGUGGAGGACCAGAUCCCAGAGGAGUCCUACUUCGCCACAGUGAAGAGGAUUUACACGGUGGGGUACAGCACCUCCCUGGUGGCGCUUGUCUUAGCCGUGGCCAUCCUGCUGCGUUUCAGGAGGCUCCGUUGUGCUCGUAAUCACAUACACGUCCAGCUCUUCCUCUCCUUCAUCCUGAAGGCUGUAGCCGUGCUCAUAAAGGAUGCUGCCCUUUUCGCCAGCGAUGACAUUGACCACUGCACGCUUUCAACAGUCGCGUGCAAGGCCUCGGUGGUGUUCUGCCACUACUGCGUCAUGACCAACUUCUUCUGGCUCCUGGUGGAGGGGCUGUACCUCAACACCCUCCUGCUCUCCUCCCUCCACCACUUCCUGUGCUCGUUCGUCCUGCUGGGCUGGGGGGUUCCUGUAGUUUUCACCAUCCUGUGGAUUGUGACCAGGGUUUAUUUUGAAGACACAGAGUGUUGGGACGUUAAUGAAGACUCUCCAUAUUGGUGGAUCAUAAAAGGACCCAUCGUUGUGUCUAUUGGGGUAAACUUUGUCCUGUUCCUGAACAUAAUCAGAAUCCUGGGACAGAAACUGAACCCACGUCUGAUUCACUUCAACAACUCUUCACACUACAGGCGAUUGGCCAGGGCCACUCUUCUGCUGAUUCCGCUGUUCGGGACGCACUACAUGGUGUUCAGCUUCCUGCCGGACCACGUGCAGGUGGACGUGCGGCUCUACGUCGAGCUCUGCUUCGGGUCCUUCCAGGGCCUUAUCGUGGCAGUGCUGUACUGCUUUCUCAACAAGGAGGUCCAGACGGAGGUCCGGAUGAGGUGUCUGCGGUGGCAGGAGAGCAGCUACGGGGCGGUGACCCCAGGAGCCAAGGGGAGUCAGAUGGACACGCCCCAAAUGGACACACCCUUCUAAGACAAUCCCCCCCCCCUCCAAAAAAAAAAAAUAUAUAUUGAAAUGGUGUAUUUAAAUUUAACCGUGUAAUCCAUCAAAUUAAUUGAUCAAGCUUCUUAAUGACAAUUAACAGUUAAUCGAUUAACCGUUAGUUAACAUGCCUAAUACAGAGAUAAAGAGGGUGGUGACAUGUAGGCAGGCAGACUGGCGCUCUGUGUAAAGAGCCUUCAGCCUGGAAUCGCGUAAGAAUUGUUUUGCUGUGGCCCAAUCUGUGAGCGCUGAUGUGUAGGUUUAUUAAUUGACCAGCCCUGGUCAGUGGUCUCCUUGCAUCCCAUAAUAAUCGCGGUUUAUUAAUUAGCUGACUGAGCCUGGGGUAAUUGACUGGGUAAAAAAUCUAUAACCACACUCUGACUCUCCCUGACUGGAAUCUCCCAGCCCUGGUCAGUGGUCUCCUUGCAUCCCAUAAUAAUCGCGCAAUGUGGUGUUGCCGACCUGGGACUGGUCUCUACACCUCUCUCAUGUGUGGGACCCAGAGUUGCUAAGAGUUUCCCCUCUGCCUGCACAUCAACGGUGUGCCCACCAGGGGGCAGUCUCGGCUCGGUGUGAUGCUGUUGAAGACCUGCUCCGAUUGCCAUCUUCCUCACCCUGUGAGUCACCGCAGUGUUCAUUCAUGUCCAUGGUCAGAAACUGCACUCGCUUCAGAGUCUGUUUUUCUUCUUCUUUUUUUUUUGAUGAAUAAUUAUAACUGGUAUGUCACCUGCAGUGGUCAACCAUAUGUACAGCAAGUGUAGCGGCACAGUUAUGACAAAUAAUUACAAAUAUAACCAUAAUCAAUAAUCUCAUAAAGUGACAGUUAUUAGUCAUGUGUCUGAUGCCCUUGUUUGACAGUGUUAUGUCUGAAAUUGAUUAUUGCAUGCAUAUAUUUAUGUUAUAUAUGGAUGAGCAGAAUCUAUGAUAAAUGUCGUAAACUCA